AUGCCUUAUGGGAGAGAUGAAGCAAUGAUCUAUCCAGAUCCUGUUGGUAAUGGAUUUAUUGACCAUGGGCUGGGUGAAAACAUCGCUGAUGUUUUUGAUGAUGAUGAAUUCUUUCAGCUUCCACCUUUCACCCCAGUUGUACAAAAGGAUAACUGUAGAAGUGCUGAAGGGACUUGUUUGCCACCAGAGUUAUCCGCAAACUGUGUUCAUGGACUGAAGGUAGCACUUUGCUCUGCAACUCAUUUGCAAGAGAUGAAGGAGUUGCUAAUUUCCAUAUCAAAUGAGCUUAUUGACAAUGUGGAUGAUCUAAGAAGCUCACCUCAGCUAAAGAAGCUUAGCCAGGAUAGGUUGCAGUUGAGCAAGGAAGUUAGGCUUCUUGAGAAUUAUCUCCAGGCUUCAUCGCUGAAUGAAGAUAGACAGGAUUUUCAUUUUUCAGCAUUCACCACUGCAUGCAGGGGGGCAACCUCAUCAUUAUCAUUAUCUUCUGUUGGCAGCUCUGUCACACCAGGCUCUCUGGAAAGGGAAGCCUUUACUCAAAAGACCGAUGAUGUUAAAUAUGUCGAUGGAUCGAAUGACAAGGGAUGUUGGAGUAGAAGUAACUUUCCAUGGACUGAAGAGCUGGAGGCCAAUAACUGGAAAGUAUUUGGGAAUAGUUCGUUUCGCCUCAAUCAGAGGGAGGUGAUUAAUGCUACAAUGAGCAGCUGUGAUAUUUUUGUUUUGAUGCCAACUGGAGGUGGCAAGAGUUUGACAUACCAGCUUCCUGCUCUUAUAUGUGAGGGUGUAACCUCGGUGAUAUCACCUCUUGUCUCGCUCAUUCAAGAUCAAAUUAUGCAUUCGCAUCAGGUAAAGAAGCAUCGGUACGACUUGGUGAAGCAUCACGGAGCUGGGAAACACCUUGAAAAGGGUGAAGCAUCCCGAGUUCUGCAUCAUCUCGUUACUGAGGAAUUUCUUGUGGAGAAAGUUAAGAAAAGUGAUUAUGGAUCCGUAUCAUCAGUGUUGAAGGUAAAUGAGUCCAAGUUCUACUAUCUUUGCCAUGGCGGAAAGAAAAUUAUUUUAAGGUUCCCGGCGUCCAUGAAAACAGCUAAACCUUUGGUAGCAAAAGAUCCACUUGCCUCUUCAGGGAAGACGAACAACCCACAGGAAAACGAAGCUGACAAGCCUCUUUCUGCCAAGAUCUUUGAUGCUUUGAUGUUGCUUCGAAGUGAUAUUUUGGAUGCUGCUGAAGGUGUUAAUGCUCACCACAUAUUCACGGCAAAACUAGCCAAAUAUGGUGACCGGGUACUGGAACUGAUCGAGCGUACAAUCAAGGACUUCUACAGUAAGGGCAAGAGACGUCGCACUGGUAGCGGUCAUAAUUCUGGAGCAAACCAGAGAAGUUUAACAGAAUAUUAUAGUUUAGACAAGAGAAGUAGCAGUAGCAGUAGUGGUGAUAGUGGUACUAGUUCUGAGGCAAGCAAGAGGAGAAGAACGUUGACUGGCACAAUCAAGUCAGGGUUCUAA